AGACGCUUACUGGUCACAGUCGUCUUACUCGGAUCUUUCGAUAGAAUACCCGCAAACGCAUUUUUUUCAACAAAACUUCCUCAAUUCAUCGAGUGUAUAAAGAACACUUGAUACAGAAAUUUUGCUCAAUGACCAAAAUGAACGGUAUUCUGGCAAGAGGAUCACUCCUUAUCGUGGUUUUCGUCACCGUGGCCCAAUCGCAGUACUUGAUCGAUAUUAAGAAAAUUCCGAAAAACAUCAAUGCGGACAUGUGUCAAUGCGCCGCAAGCAUUAAGACGGAAGAACGGAUUGCCCGCAGUCGGGUUGCUCAACAGGCAUGUGAGGAUAAACUGGGGGUGCCUAUUCCUGAUUUCGAAGGACAAGCCCGAGAGGAAGUUAAGAAGCCAUUGCCACGUGGACUGGCUCAAUGGACCAGGAAGCAAGUGGAAAACCCUGGAGUUGAUUACAAAUGCUUGAACCACCUCCGGGAAUUGUACUUCCAUCAAAAGAAGCUCCAGAACUUCCUGGAUGAAAUUGAGAAGUUCAAGACAGAUCAAUACAAAACCUGCUUCGGUCAAAAGAUGAACUGGUUCAAAGAAAACGGUCAACUGGACAAAGUCUCUGUGAAGAACGAAAUCGCUGGGUCAAAUCUCAUAAACAAGAAGCUUCAACAGUCACUGGAGGUCCUCUCCCUCACGUGCCGUGGGAAUACGAUCGACGACUUGGAGUCUUAUAUCAAGUGCGCAACGAAACCUUGCGCUGAUCCCGAGUUCUUCGAUCUGCUCGGAAAAGCGAAGCCAGCGUCGGAAUCAACAGGCCCUUGACUUGUGCGAAUGAGGAAGAAUUGAAAAAAAUUGAACUAUGUUUAAUGUUCCAUCGAUGAGUAUAAAAGGGAUUCAAAAUAAAUCGUUACAGAGAAAUCUGUAAAAAAAAAAAAAAAUCGCGGACGUCCUUAAGACUUGUCGAAUCGUAAAAUGAUAUCUGAUCAACAGAAAUCGAUAACGCUCGUACAUCCAUAAAAAUAUUCCUCGAUCAGAUUCCUUCCUCCGACCAUUUUCGAGCCUUAAUUCGAUCCUUCAUUCUAGAAAACGUCGCGUUUUCCAGUCCUCGCAAGACUUUGAUUCUACAGAUGCCAUUUUGCCCUCCUGAAGCCACUGCAGAGCAAAAAUUCAGGUUGUUGUUGAACACAAUCUUCUUUGUCGUUGUGAUCGCCACUGACCCAGCAGGCACUGUAUCCUCAACCUGCUUCACGCCUCUCGGUAUUUUCCAAAAACUCUCCUCUGCCACAGGAGCAUCCACGUAACACAUUUUAAAAUCUCGAGCAGCUUUCCCGUAAGAUCUGCAGGCC